GGGGCACAUGCGCAGGUCACGUCUUGCACGGCGACGGCCAUUGUGCUCUUCACCUGUGCUUGUCAAGGACGCCGGGAGAGGAACUCUGAGGGGCUGAGUCCGAUCCUGAGGCAGAGACAUGUUUUUUCCUUUGGCGAGGGGAGCUCUGCGCUUCGCGGGUGAGUGUGCAGGGGAAGGUCGGCCCUCCGUCCUCCGCGCGGUUUUGGGUGGCGGCGGACAGAGGCAACCCUCCUCCCGACUUCUCCAUACUGGCCGGGGUCUCCCUUGCUAGGGCCGUGCUCGGCACCGGGGUCUCGCGUUUAGGGCCCUCCUGCCUCGCCAUCUGCUGUGCUCUGUGCUUCCUGGCUGCGUGGACGGACCUCACUUAGCAGCGCCAGUUGCUGAGCUGCGAGGGUCCUGCGGGAGGUGGCACCCAGGACUACUUGUAUAGGCUGAAGCACCAAACAGCUAUGUUGGUAGAGGUGUGGGGUUUUUUUUGGGGGGUGCUGCUAAAGGGAGACGGUAAUGCAGCGCUUUCACGUAGCCAGGAUUUAUGCUGGGUGCGGGGAGCCUUUUUGUUGGGGUGGGGCAGAACCUCAGUUAGUUAAAUGGCCAUCCCGAGCAUCGCACGUGGCGAAUGAGAUCCAGCUUUGCCGGCUCCCUCUUCUAGAGAUGGAUGUAAAAGGAGGGCGAGACGCAGACACUGCAGCAGUUUUAAUGGAGACGGCGCUUUGCAUUGCCAGCUGUAAAUGAGAUGCUGUAUUCUCGUUUUUCCAUUGACCCAGGGGGAAAUGGCUUUCUCCGCAACUAGCCCAGGAUUGUGUUCAUUGACUGGCAGUAGCUCUCCAGGGAUUCAAGGCAGAGGUCUUUCUCAUCCUUACUUGCAGGCACUUGGGAUUCCAGCUGUCCUUCUUUAUUAUUCCAAAAGAAGGGUGGUUUAAACACACAAAAGUACAGUACAUAACACUUUCUAAGCACUGUACUUAUUUUAAAAGAUGAGAUGGUUCCUACAUCAAGCUCAUAACCUAAUAGACAUGGUACAAGGUGACUGGGAAAAGAAGAGGAGAGCAAGCGCUGAAGUGGCUGCUUAUUCACUGGUAAAUCGAUGGGGUUGCAAUUGUCUGUGCCAUAGUGCAUUUUCUGGGAGUCCCAGGUUACCUGGUUGGGGGCAGAGGCCAUAGCGCAUUUGCCUUUGUUUAUGCAGUCCUAAGAAAACCAGCAAUUAGAGCUUAAUAAAUAAUAAUCUUUCAAUUUCAUUCUUGUAUGGAAAAAGCACGGUAAUGUGUGAGGAUUCCCCAUUGAAAAUAAAGAUUGUAACUUGAUAGGAUUGGGUCGUUGAGUAUAUAUUUCUUUCUCUUGGAAUUUUAGAGAAUGACACAUUCAAAGUAGAACUUCUUACCCAUGCAAACUUUUGAAAGUGAUGUUUGUUUCAAAUGUUGGAGACCUUUGUUGGCCUCCUGUGAAAACAUUUUGUAUUUGGCAAAUUCAUCCAGCUACCCUAAACUACUUUAGUAAGUAUGUAGGAAUUCUGAAUAGUGAUGUCAGAACAGUAAAAUAAAUAAGAGAUUUCAUUCUGGUUUCCCCCCAAAAAAUGUUUACUAAUUUUCACAAAAUUAUAAACCAACCAACCAACCAAACAAACAAACAUAAAUCAUAACCUUAUUAAAGUUAUACUUAUUAACAUUGUUAAGCGACUUCCUUGCUUCCCCUUGGUUGGAUUAAAAUGUAUAUCUUUUUAAUGGUUUUCCAAAUCAGAGUUCUUAUAAACUUAACUUAGUCGUUUAACUUCCUUAUAUCUUUUCAAUUUGAAAUUAAACAUAUUAAUUCAACACUUAACUUAUAUAAAAUCCUAAUACCUGCAAGCUGUUUCAAAUUAAUUUAACUUAACAAAUUUAACUAACUAAUCAUUAAAUUUAGUCCAUUCUUCCUGAUACUCCUCCUCCUUCUGGUCGUGGACUCUUCUGGUUAGGUCGGCUAGCUCCAAAAAAUCCAUCAUCUUCAUCUGUCAUUCUUCCACAGUUGGUAAUUCUUGCGUUUUCCACUUUUUAGCUAGUAAAAUUGGAGCAGCAGUUGUGGCAUACAAAAAUAAUUUAACAUCUUUCUUGGGCAAUUCCCGACCAAUUAUUCCAAGAAGAAAGGCUUCUGGUUUCUUUUUAAAUGUAUAUUUCAACAUUUCUUUCUUUCUUUUUUUAAUUAAUUUUUAUUCAUUUUUAAACAUAUUAAUUAUCAUGCAUACCACAAAAUUUCACAUUUUAUACAAUCUUUUUGGACAUCAACACCUCUGAUGAUCCCCCAUUUUUAUCAUUUCUUCUGCAUUUCUUAAAUUCAUAUUGCCUUUAAUUAUCUUAACUAAUGUCUCCCUUUUUAUCCAAUUAUGCAUUAAUUCAAAUUAUUCACUUCACAAAACUUCUUGCAAACCCACAAAUGUAAUCUGGUCGUCACAAUUACUUUUCAAAUAGUCCAUAAAUUUACACCAAUCUUCAGUGAAUCUCUGGUCCCGCCGUUUCGAAUUCUUCCUGUUAGCUUGUCUAAUUCUGCAUAGUCCAUCAAUUUCAUCCUCCAAUCUUCUUUCGUGGGUAAUUCUUCUUGCUUCUAUUUUUGUGCCAGUAAUAUUCUUGGUGCCGUCAUUGCAUAUAAAAACAGCUUACAGUCCUUUCUGUUUAUAUCAUCUCCUACAAUGCCCGGUAAAAAUGCUUCUCGUUUCUUAAUAAAUGUAUGUUUCAACAUUUUUUUUCAUCUCAUUAUAUAUCAUUUCCCAGAAGUUUUUCACCUUUUUACAUUCCCACCACAUAUGAUAAAAUGUUCCUUCUUUUUUUUUACAUUUCCAACGUUUGUUGCUUACCUUAUACAUUUUAGCCAAUUUAACAGGUGUAAUAUACCAUCUAUACAUCAUUUUCAUCAUUUUCUUUUAAAGCAUUGCAUGCAGUAAAUUUUAAGCCUUCUUUCCAUAAUUUCCCCCAAUCGUUCAGCUGUAUACUAUACCCAAUAUCUUUAGCCCAAUGAAUCAUAACUGACUUUACCUCCUCAUCCUUCAAAUGCCAUUCAAGCAGCAAUUUAUACAUUUUAGACAAAAUUUUAUAUUUAUUGCUUAAUAUCUCAGCUUCAAACUUUGAUUUAUUUUCAUCAAACCCUUUUUCUUUAAAGUCCUGCUUAAACAUUUCAUUAACCUGACAAUAGUGUAGCCAAUCAUUUACAUAUUUAACUUCCUCAUAUGGUUUCAUCUUUCAUUUACCGGUACUUCCUUCUUUUUGUAUUAAUCUCCCGCAAGUUAUCCAAUUUCCACACAUAUUGAUCUUUUUCACACUCAUUGCUUCUAAUGGGAAUAACCAAUGCGGUGCUUUUCGUUCUAAUAGAUUUUUAUAUCUAUCCCAUAUUUCUAUUAGAGAUCUUCGAAAUAUGUGGUUUCCAAAUUUUUUAUGGAUUUUUGCUUUAUUAUGCCAUAAAUAUGCGUGCCAACCAAAUCUACAUUUUUUCCAAUUCAUUAUAAAUCUUUUCCCAGAAGUCUUUUACCUUGGGGCAGGUCCACCACAUGUGAUAAAAAGUUCCUUCUUUUUCUUUACAUUCCAACAGUUAUGAUAAAUCUUAGCUGGUUUAAAAGGGGUCAAAUACCAUCUAUACAUCAUUUUCAUUAUAUUUUCCUUUAACACAGUACAUGCGGUGAACUUAACCCCUUUCUUCCACAGUCUUUCCCAAUCAUCAAGCAUUAUGUUAUGUCCUAGAUCUCUUGCCCAAUCUAUCAUCGCAGAUUUAACUUGUUCAUAUUUUGUAUGCCACUCCAGCAAUAACUUAUACAUUUUAGACAAAUUUUUACCUUUAGUAUCCAACAACUCCGUCUCCAACUUAGAUUUUUAAGAAGAUUUCAUUCAGAGCUUUUCAGAUUUUUCAGAGAUUUCAUUCUAAAUUCUAAUAGCAGGUGUAAAUCCAGUGUGUAGUACCCUAAGUGGGGAGCAUUAAAAAUACAAAAAACCCCUGAGUCAAGUGUUACCGCAACAGAUCCAAUGGGAAUGAGAGGCUGUGAGUUCUGAAAUGUGGGUUCACUGAUGUCUUUCAAUAGCUUGGCUAUAGAAGAGGCUCUCUUUUCCUGCAGAGAGAGGGACAGAGAUAAUAAAGUGCAAAGUGUGUGGGUAUGGAAAUGCAUCGGAUGGUGGACUUAGUUUCCCAUUGAUCACAAAGUGGAGUGUGUCUAAACGAGUGGAUCCCAUUGCAAACAAGUCAUGCAACUUCACAAUUUGCCAAGUUGUUUUUGUUGCAGCCAUAUAUAUGCACUGUAAUAUUCAAAUGGUUUGAAAGUACCUGUGGUGGAGGUUGUAGUUCUUUCCUAUUUAAUGCACAAGUCAUCACAUAGUAAAAGGGGUUCUUAACUAAAAGUUUCAUCUUGUGUUUUAGCUCGUGGCGUGCAGCGUACUGCGGCAAGACAAGUUCACCACAAACAUGGGCCUGAUUUUCAUGACAAAUAUGGCAACUUGAUUUUACUUGGUGGGGCUCUGUUUUGUGUCUCCAUUUGGAGCUAUGUAAGUAUUUCAGCUUUGCAUUUAGCUCUGUCAAUUGGAAGUAACAAUUCCUUCUGGAAAAGCCAUAGGUCAGGCUAUAUGUGGAUGAAAUUUAAUUUUACAAAAAAUUAACAAAUGAAAGCAUCAUCACAGCUCUUUAAGAAAUCCCGAGAAAUUGUGUAAAAUCCUAUACAGUGGUACCUUGGAUUACAUACGCUUCAGGUUACAGACUCCGCUAACCCAGAAAUAGUACCUCGGGUUAAGAACUUGGCUUCAGGAUGAGAACAGAAAUCGUGCUCUGGCUGCGCAGCGGCAGCGGGAGGCCCCAUUAGCUAAAGUGGUGCUUCAGGUUAAGAACAGUUUCAGGUUAAGAAUGGACCUCCGGAACGAAUUAAGUACUUAACCCGAGGUACCACUGUAUGGUUACUCUCAUUGCUUAGCAUCCCGAGGUUGAUGUACUGCAGCGGUGGUAUGACACUUAAAAGAUUUUGCAGGACAGAUUUGCCUUUAAAGUGCAACAUUAAAAAAUAUGUUGCACUAAGGGGUUUUUUAAUUAAAAUUUAUAAGCCACUUUUCUGCCAAAGGAGGGCCCUCAGAGCAGCAUAAUAGUUAAAAGUUCAGGACACAGAUUCUGUAAUAUGAAUAAUUUCAGCAGCAUAAGAACAGAAUCGACAAUCAACUUUUUGGCCUCAUCAAAACCAGAUGAAAUGAGGGAAAACAUCUAAGCAACAUUUUAAAAAUCAUAUCUAGGUUAGCCUUCACCAUUCAGAGGCAGGCUAAUGAGGAAGAGGGCAGCUUAGUCUUCAGUAGAAGCUCCACAGUCUGGAUGCUGCAACUAAGAAGACAUGUGUGCCAAAUAGAUUAUAAAGUCUUAGAUUGGGAGCUAGAUUUAAUUAAUAUACAGUGGUGCCUCGCAAGACGAAAUUAAUCUGUUCCGCGAGUCUCUUCGUCUUGCGGUUUUUUCGUCUUGCGAAGCACGGCUAUUAGCGGCUUAGCAGCUAUUAACGGCUUAGCGGCUUUAAGAAAAGGAAACAAACUCGCAAGAACUCGCAAGACGUUUCGUCUUGCGAAGCAAGCCCAUAGGGAAAUUCGUCUUGCGGAACGACUCAAAAAACGGAAAACUCUUUCGUCUUGUGAGGCAUUCGUCUUGCGAGGCACCACUGUAUGGUGGUUUAGGUUAUUCAGAACUAGGACAUCAGUGGAAUGAAGAAAUAGUAAGCUGCCAGAACUUGAGUUCUGCCUUGACAUAUUGAAGUUUGGUCUGUGGAAACUGAUGUAUAACUGGUCCUUAAUUUACACAAAACAAUUUUACAGUUAAGCUUCAUGCCUUCUGUUUGUGCAGCUGGUUGAGUGGUGUUGAGGGCUACACCAAAGUACAGGAAGUUUAUAGCUUCAGAGAGACAUGUCUCGCUCUCUGAAGAAAACACCUGUCACUGCUUAACAAUAUAUAACACUACAUUGCUAUGUACCAUAUGUAUAGAAUACCCUUUUUAAAAAUUACGUUGGAUAAAUCCAGAUCAGAACGCUUCAAGAGAACUUAAGGGGCCAUUGGUUAUUUUUUCGUUGUUUCACUGAUGGUAUGUGCACAUUGUCUCAUUACAAAGAGAAAAAAUAUAAUGGGUGUUGCUGAGAAAGGUACAUUCAGCUGGUCUGCCUUUGAGGAUCUGGCUUAAAACGUCUAAGAGAAAGUUGUAGUUGCAGCUGUUGGAAAGUAAGAUUUCACUGUGCUUGACUGUUGAUUCUUUACUUGCAGGUUGUAACACAAACAGGGAUAGAAUGGAAUUUGUCUCCUGUUGGUCGAAUUACCCCAAAAGAAUGGAGAGAGGAGUAGAGAUGCUGGGUUAAAUCCUCUGCUGAAAAGUUGGGAGCAGCCAUGGGUUCGCUGGAGCUUUUAUUGGAAUAUACUAAUACUAUGCCUGUAGAGGACACAAUUAUCUGUGAUUCAAUAAAUGCAUUUAAACAUUA